CCUUCUUCAUAAAAGUUUGUUGAGUGAUGUCAAGAUGUGACGUGACGUAAUGUAAAUGUCAUGGUUACGCGUCCCUGGUAUCAGCUGGAGCUUUUAGCGAUAAUUUCUUCUGAGUUUUGAGGUUUCUAAAUUUCUGAUAGGUAAUGGAAAUUCCAUAAUGACGUUUCUACAUGUUGCAUUCGUUGUUACGGGUUGUUCGUUGCGAUAUUUCAUGGUCUGUACAUAGAAUAUGUGCGCGCCUUGUCAACAUAACCUUUUCUUUUUUAAUUGCUCCUUUUUCAUAAAGUUUUAAAGAUUGCCCAAACAUUCUGAAUAUUGUUGCCAAACAUGAAGCAUUUUUCAGUACUCAUAGUCUUUCUUGCCAUAGUGCAAUGUUCUUUCUCAGCACACUCUAGUAAAAAAUCAGGCUCUUUUGAAACAACUACUGAGGCAUCUACAACUGCUCAUCCUAGCAGUGUUAAGUUGCAGCAGCUACUACAGAUGAAAGAAUCAGCUUUAUUGGGCUGGUAUGACAUGGUUAAAAAGUUUCUGGUGCUUAUUAAACCCGAUCAAAAAACACUAGACUAUAUCAUUGAUAUUACCUAUGGGAAGCAUGAGCUUAAUCCCCAAGAAACAGUUUUUGAAAUAGCCAAAAUGAACUAUGCAUUCCUGACUAUGAUAGUUAUUGGUAUCAUUUAUAUCUGUGUUAUGCUCAUUACUGGAGUGUUCUUCAGUUUCUGCAGGCUUUGCGGGCGUUGUGGUGCUAAAAAUAGCCAAAGACAAAGACGAAGUGAUAAUUGUUGGAGGACCAUGCACAAAUUUUGUUUAAUAUUAAUGAUUGCUUUUCUUGUUGUUCCUAUCACCUGUAUGUGUAUUAUAAAUGAACAUAUGCAACAGUCAUCUCCAGCCGUGAAGGGAAAUGCUACUGAAGUUUUCAACAUUUUAAUAAAAUUUGCCAAUGAUACUGAUAGUGAUAUUGACCAAGCAUUUGAAAAAUCCAAUAAGAGUCCUAUACAGAAUUUUGAUACAUUCAAAAGUACUUUUGUGGAGCUUGUACAUGAAAAUAUAUCUAGCUCAAUUGAUCAUGAAAAAUUGGAAGAAAUAAAAAAUAUUGUCAAAUGGGCAAUGUCAGUUGAAGAUCAACAUACAGCUAUAGCUAAUGCAUCCUCUUUGUCAAAAGCAGUCAAAAAUUUAAAAUCCAGGAUUGCAAGCAUUAGAGAACAAACAGAAAGUUUGCAUAACUGCACAAAUUCACAAAAGAAGAUAUGCAAUUUAGAUUUAAAGCAGUUACCAUUAGAAAAAAUAAAUGUUGAUGAGGCUUAUGCUCAUGUUCAAAGGGAAUUUGCAAAGCUUCUGAAAACAAAUUUUGAAGAACUAACAAACGUUAUUGAUCAAAUACAAAACAACACAAUAUUAAAGAAUAAGAUCGAAGAAGAAAGUGAAAGUUUGAAACAAUUUGUUGAGGAUGCAGAACCUCGUGAUGAAGACAUAAAAAAAGUGAAGAAUAAAGUUAAACAGUAUACUGACCAGUUGAGAUCACUUGCAUAUGAAGGCAAAAGGGAACUUGAAAAGGCUUUUGAGGAAAGUGAUGGCUAUGAAAAAUAUCGGUGGUGGGCAAUGUUUGCCAUAGCUGCUAUUCUUCUUGUGCCUGUUGCAUUCCUUUCACUUGGGCUGAUUUGUGGGUGUUGUGGCUAUGAAAAGGAACGCCAUCCGACGAAAAGGUCAACUUCUUCAAAUUGUGGAGGACUUUGUUUAAUUCUAGCUGUGUACAUCUUUUUCUUAAUUUCGUCUGUAUUAAUGGUUGUUACUAUGUUCCUGUUUGUAAUUGGCGGAAAUUGUCAAACGUUUGUUUGCAUUCCUCUUUUUCAAAAGGAUUUUGAAGUUUUAGAUCAGAUGAAAGAGAAAUUGACUUCUUACAAUAAUGAUUCAAUUUUCAAGGACAUGAAGCCCAGCAAACUUCUUAAGGAUUGCAAUGCUAAUAAAGGUAUAAUUGUGGCUCUGGGAUUGAAUACAUCUGAUCCAGGAAAAUUUUUAAGCAAGAUAGACUCUGGUAAUAGUGAUGAAAUUGAUGAAAAGUUGAAGAAGGCACUUUUAGAAAUAACGUCUGAAAUCAGAGAGAAACUCCACCAAUUUACAAAUGACUUGAACCUUAAAGAAAUGAAAGAUUUACCUCAGAAGCUACAAGAAUCUCUUCGAAGCUCAAAAGCAAAUAUAUCAGCCUUUAUUAAUGAUAUAAAACCAGCAUUAGCUGAAGAUACAAAUGAAGAUGUGUCUGAAAGUCUUCAAUUUGUUGAUGCGUCUGCAGCAGAUCUUUUUCGUGAAGUUGAUGAAUUUGAGAAAAAGCUGGAUAACUUUUCCACUACUUUGUUGAACAUAUACAGUGAAGCAGAAAAUUAUAAGGCUAAGAUAAGAGAAAUAGAAGAAAACUUGAAUGAUGUAGAAGAAAGAUUACCAAAGGUUAUCAAAACUCAUUUGUUUCAAGCUGUGGCUUCCUCUAGUGGUUUAACAGAUAAAAUGGAAAAUGUUGGGAAAUGUUAUCCAUUUUGGCUUGCUUUUGACAUUGCUCGCACUGCUAUCUGUGAAUUUGUGGUUGAUCCAAUUAACGGCUUCUGGUUUGGAUUAGGCUGGGCUCUUAUAUUUAUUAUUCCUACCAUCUUCUUUUCUGUUAAGUUAUCCAGAUAUUAUUUGCGAAUGAAAUACGAUGAUGACCCAUAUAUUCAUGAUUCUGGAGAAGCCAUUCCAUUGGAAGACAUGAGUAGAGCUAAGCCGUUUUCAUAUAUAAAUCCUGGGGCUACAACCUGGAUGUUUAAUCAACAUCAGAACUAUAUGGUUCAUCCAACAGCAAAUAACCAAGCUCGACAGUUUCAUUAUAAAUAGAAUAUGGAUCAAGAGUGCCUUUUGUAUAGUAUGUUCUAGAUUCUAGAACAUUGUGAAUAUGAAAGAUUGUAAAUCUUUAUCUAUUUCUAUUAUAUAUUUGAUUCUCGGUUUAUUUUUAAAUUCAUAUAUAAUUUUGCUUACACAUGUGAAUACUAAUUGUGAAUACAAAAGUUAUAAAUAUUUGUGAUUGUUAUGUAACUUGAGUUCUCCUCAGAAUUGAUUAAGCAUGAAUUUUAAUGUUUUGUAAAGAAUUGAAAAGUAAUGUUGAUUUAAAUGAAAUAUUUAUGUAAUGACAUACAUAGGUGCAUGCAUUGUUAAAAAUGAAAUGCAAAUUUAGGGUUUAAAUUUUGGAUUGCAUAAAAUAGAUUUUAUUGGAAUUGUUUUGAUAUUGCUAAUUGCAUAUAAAAGUAUUCAUGUAUAUUGCUUUAUCUUACCUUUUAAAUCAUAAACAUUCUUACAACAUGUUGUGUAAGAUUUCAUUGAAAUUUAUGGUAUCAGCAUAUUUUAAAUUUUAUUGCUUGUUCAAUCUGAAUUUCCUGUGAUAGCUAGAAUUGUUGCAUAGUCAGAAUAUUUCCUUUGAAAGUAAUAUAAAAUAUGGAAAUUUCUUAAAAGCAAAGAUUUUAUGCAAACUAAUCAUAUCAAAUAAUGUUAAAUUUGAUUAUAUACUUUAGUAGCUAAAAAUUGCUUUUUGAAGUGUAUUCUGAUUCUUGAUACAUUAUUUGCAUGUUAAAAUGGUUUUAUUCUCUUUUAUAUUAUCCAAACUGUUUUUAAGGUCUUUGAAUUAAUUGCAAAAUUUAUAGCUUGUUAAAUUUCAUGUUAAGAUUUGCUGAAGCUGUAAUAUAGUUUUUGACUUAGAAUGAAAGUCAUUUUAAGCAUCAUUGAGAAAGGUAUUUUUUUGGUGCAGAAGGCUAUUUUAGAUUAUAUGAAGGUUGUUAAGCAUACAUCACCAAAAGAUCAGUGUGAUCAGUAUUCUUUUACUGUAAAUUAUAUAUUUGUCAGUGUUGUGAUUUAAUGUACUUUUGUAAUUAUUCAUGUGUAUGUAAAUGGGUUCAUUGAAAUUACACUAAUGAUUCACAUUUGUAAUUAUUGUUUUGAUGUGAAUUUUCAAUGGUUCAACUGUAAAUAAUCGUGUUUCUUUUUGUUAAGUGAUAGUUUAAUUUAUUAAUUUGUUCCUUUAAUGUGUAACAUAUUGUUUAGAUUUGUAAGGCUACUGUCUUAAAAUUACUGUCAAAAUUAAAAGCUGUAUAAAAAUGCUUGUUACAAAGCUGCCAAGUGGUAAACAAAUUAAUAUAUUUGUUUGUAUAUAUAAUUGGGCAUAUUGAUAAAAAAAAAUUUUAUAAAUAUUUUAACAAGCUCCUUAGAUUAAAAAAUAUUUAUGAAUUCAGUUUUCUUAAAAUUUUCAAAUAGUUUGACAUUUUCUGCAUAAGUUAUUUUUAUUUAACUUAGAAUUUUGUCAUUAAUCUGCAUAUUUAUGUAUGAAAUUUAUUCUUUAGUUCAAUUUAAUGCAUUCUUACAAAUGAAAGUUAAUCUAGAUUUUAAAGGUACUUUUAAGCUAACCAUAUUCUCCUAAAAUGAAGAACAUUGUAAUAAUUUAAUUUUAGUAUGUUUGGCAGUGGUCUAACAAAUCCUCAUUCAGGAUAUGUGGUUUUGUCAUGCUGUAAUAUUUAUCUGUCGUGUCAGUUAAUAUUUAAAUGUUCCAAUUUUCUUCUUCAAGAUGUGCAUUCCCUAGUUUUGUAUUACACAAUAUAUUUUAAUACAGAGUUUUAAGAAUAAAAAUAGUCAUUAUUUUUGUCAUAGAAAUGUUUCCCAUUUGCCAGUUAAUUGUCUUCCAAAUUUAAGAAAUUAUGACAAAUGUACUUUUUUUUUUGACUGAGACAUUGAGAUCAGUUUCAAAGAGAAUGAAUGAUCUAUCUGUGACAUGGAAACUAUAGGACGUUUUAUCACUUCUUUAUGCAAUGGACAUUGUUUUCUGUGUGAACAAAGUAUUUUAAAUCCGUCUGUCAUUCUACCCAUCUGUUCUGUUUGUGAAUUAAGAUGAAUGAACUUUAAAAAAGAAAAUGUUGUGAACAUUUGACGUUUUACAGAUGUGCCAAAUAUUUAGCUUGUAAUUUUAUUGAAGAUGUGAUAAUAAAGUGUCAUCAUUGUCAUUCAA